AAAAGCUCCCCGAUCAACUCAGGACCGAGCCCUACAGCUGUUUGCAGUGUUUACGUUUUUUCAUAGAAAAGAUCGUCGUUUUCUUGUCGUCUUUACGUUUGAGAAACACAGACACAUGUGGUGUUCUAUCAUGUUUCAGCAAUUCAACACUUAACAUCUUUUACCGUUCACAUGAUUUAUACGGUGUCUCGAACAAAAUUUUAUGGUAUUUCAAAGUUCUACGUAAUUUUUAUGCAGCCGCCAGUUUUGAUGAUGACUUCUAUAAGAACUACAUCAUUUAAGUAUGGGAUACCUCUUUUAAAAAGUCAAUUUAAUGGAGCAGUUUGGCCAAAGCUUAAGAGAUUUAGAAACUUUACAAGAUAUGGAAGACCAUCGGAAAAGGCACCAAAAAUUUCUCCACUACAGGCUACUUCAAUUCUUCAAGCAAAUGAAAAAAUAUAUGAAGUAAUGAAGCCUGGUAGUGUCCUUAAGUCAAUAGAUUGGAAUCAGUUGGCCUCAAAUAAUCCUCUUGAAGAUAGUCUUGCAAUAGCAAAACUUUGUGAUAAUCGAAGUUAUCUACUUGGGGUAUUUGAUGGUCAUGGAGGCCCUGCAUGUGCAAGAGUCUUGGCCAAGCGCCUACUAUCUUACAUAGCAGCUUCUCUACCUUCACAACAUGUAUCUAGCUUGUUGCUUGAACAAAUGACACCUACUACUGAAUUCCGUCCGGAAAUUGAGUCCUUGUACGCACACGAAUUUAACCAAUAUCAUGCGUCUGUAAGUCAUCUGCGCGAUACCCUGUCCAACGACGAGUCUCAGUGUAGUAUGGAUAGUACAGAGCGUGCACUACUGACGGCAUUCGAGGCCAUGGAUCAACAAUUAAGUGAAGAGGCAUUAGCUUUUCUCCUCGGACCCGAAAUGAGCGAAAUUCUUCAACGUGUUCCACGCUGGGAUUGGAAACCAUGGUGGGCAGAUGCCUUUCCUAGUCGAGAUAAAGUUCUUCAGCUCAGCACGUUAUCAACAGCAAUGAGUGGUGCCGUUGCAACCGUUGCACAUAUUUCGUCAAACAACUUGGUUAUAGCAAACACAGGCGAUUGUCAGGCUGUACUGGGUUAUCUUAGUGAAGACGGAACUUGGGGAGCCCUUAAGCUCGGAAAAGAACACACUUCUGAAAAUCCGUCUGAAGUCGAACGGUUGUACAGUGAGCAUCCGCGCAGCGAGCGUGACACCGUGUUAAGAAUGGAUCGUCUGCUCGGCCAGUUAAUGCCCUUAAGAGCUUUUGGUGAUUUUCGCUUCAAGUGGCCUCGUCACGUUCUCGAAAAAUGGGUAAUCCCGGUUCUUGGCGAAUCAGCUUUACCACAAAACUAUAAAACACCGCCUUACUUGUCAGCCCGACCAGAAAUCAUCAAACACACACUUAGUCCCCGUGAUAAAUUUGUCGUCAUUGCGUCAGACGGUUUGUGGGAUCUGCUGUCUCCAACCCAAGUGGUGCGAUUGGUGGGAGAACAUAUGUCGGGUAGAGUAGCUCUGGGACCUCUUACUCUUCCGCCGGGAGAUGUGACUUUGGAAGAAAUAAACAAGAUGUUGCAGCAGCGGAGGGAAGGAUUAUCCAAGAGACCGUUGGAUACAAACGCAGCAACGCAUUUGAUUCGGCAUGCAUUAGCUUCGACAGAAACUGGAUUGGACCCAGAUCGCCUUUCCGAGCUCCUAUCCUUACCUGAUGACGUCGUCAGGCUUUUCAGAGAUGACAUCACUAUCGUUGUAUCCUAUUUCGAUACGGAUUACCUUUUGAAAUCUCUCCCUCAAAGCAAUCAGGAAUAGAGCGAUUGCUCGUAUAUAACGUACUUCUUGGGUGUUCUUCCUUAAUCUCUUAAUUAUUCACUGUAUCGAAAUUUUUAAUCAGACCCUAGUCAGUGAAUCCUUACUUAUUAUGUCGACAUCUGAUAUAAGGUCAUUUUGUUUAGAGUGUAAAUAAAAAUGAUAAAACGGUAAUAGAUCUGAAGACAAAUGA